AUGGACUCGGCAGCCAGGGACAAAACGCAGCCCGUACUCCCCACUGGGCCGGAGUGGCCGGAGCAGGAGAGGGCGGAGCAGCUGGCCCGGGGUGCAGCACUCAAGUGGGCCUCAGGCAUCUUCUACCGGCCAGAGCAGCUGGCCAGGCUGGGCCAGUACCGGAGCCGCGAGGUGCAGCGGACCUGUUCUCUGGAAGCACGCAUCAAGUCGGUGGUGCAGUCAUACCUGGAGGGUGUGAAGACCGGGGUGUGGCAGCUGGCCCAGGCCCUCGAGGCCGUGCGGGGAGCCCAUGAGGCCCUGGGCCAGGCCCAUGGGCUGCUCCGGGAUAUGGCUGAGGCUGCGCAGACCCUAGAACCCCUGCGGGAGCAGGUUGUGCAGCACAAACAACUGCAGGCCCUGUCUCAGCUGCUGCCCCGGCUGCGAGCUGUGCCAGCUGCAGUGGCCCACACACAGACCCUGAUUGACGCCCAGCAGCUCUUGGAAGCCUAUGUGAGCCUUCGGGAACUGGAGCAGCUGCAAGAGGAGACGUGUGCACCUCUUGGGGGCCUGGAGUUGCCAGUCUUCGAGGGGCUGGGCCCUCUGGCUGAGGCUCUGGGCCAGGCUGUGGAGGCGGCCGCAGGGGCUGCAGGGCAGCUGGCCCGGGAGGACCCAGCCUUGCUGGUGGCUGCUGUGCGUGUGGCUGAGGUGGAUGCUGGGCGCACCACCUCCCUGGAGCAGGCUCCACGGGACUGGCGGCAGCGCUGUCUGCGUGCACUACAGCAGGGCUUGGAGCGGGUCCACUUCGGGACAUCUCUGCAACCUGGGCCUGGGGCACUAGCAAAGUGGCUGGAGGCUCUGCGGGUGGCUCUGCCAGCCGAGUUGGCCAUGGCUGAGGCUCUGGUAGCACCCUGCUGCCCACCACACUACAAAGUUGUCCAGUUGUGGGCCCACACCCUGCAUGACGGCCUGCGGCGCUGCCUGCAGCAACUCCUGGAAGGGCCUGAGUUGGAAGAAGCCGACACCUUCACCCUGCUGCACUGGGCGCUGCAUGUGUACCAGGGGCCAGAAAUGAUGGGGAGCCUGGAGUUGGGGCCUGAGGCUGAUGUGUCUGAUCUGGAGCCCCUCCUGACCCUGGAAAACAUUGAGCAGUUGGAGGCAACAUUUGUGGCCAAAGUCCAGGCAAAGGUGGCCCAGUGGCUGCAGAAGGCACUGGAUGGGGAGGUAGUCGAGUGGGGCCGUGAGCAGGAACCCGACACAGAUCUGUCUGGCUUCUACCACUCGCCAAUGCCAGCCAUCGUGCUGCAGAUCCUGGAAGAGAACAUUCGUGUGACCAGAAUGGUCAGUGUGUCACUGCAGCAGCGGAUGCAUGGCAUGGCACUAUCAGAACUGAGCACCUUCCUGAGGAGCUUCAGCGAUGCUCUGAUCCGAUUCUCCCGAGACCAUUUCGGCGGGGAAGCAGUGGUCCCUCAUUACGUGCCCUACCUACUGGCCACCCUCAACCACCAGUUAGCACUCAGCUCCUCCGUAUCCGUCCUGCAGCCCGAAUGGGUGGUUCCCGGAGUCUUGGCUCCAGUGGAGGCAGAGCUGGACAAGUUGCAGAAGAGGAUCUGUCGCCUGGUGUUGGAGGCGCUGCUGGCGGAGCUACAGCCCCUAUUCGCGGCUCUGCCCUCGCGCCGCUGGCUCUCAAGCCCAGAGCUGCUGGAUGACGUGUGCGAGCGGACGGCGCGAUUCUGCCAGAACUUUCGGCACGUGCGGAAUCCCGCGGUCCAGCUGUUGCUGGUAGAGGCGGAACGUACGGUGGUGCUGCAGUACCUAAGUGCGCUGAUGCAAGGCCGCCUAGUCUGCCGCGGUGCUGACGAGAGGACCCAGGCGGCCGAGCGCCUGCAGCACGAUGCGGCCCAGCUUCAGGAGCUUUUCCUCGGUUUGGGCCUGGAGGAGAGCGUUCAGUGUGUGCCAGUGCUGCUUGCAUUGAAGGAGCUGCUGAACCUCCGCGACCCCACGCUACUUGGCCUCGAGGUGGCAGGCUUGCGGCAACAGUUUCCCGACGUGAGCGAGGAUCACGUCUCCGCCCUCCUGGACCUGCGCGGAGACGUGUCCCGAGAGCAGCGCCUGGCCGCACUCAGCUCUCUGCGGGCCGGCCCGCAGCCCUCGCCCCCAGCUGGUCACCGAGCACUUUUCAGCCUCGUGCCAACACCUGCACCCUCGGUGGCCUCCUGCUUCCCCUCAGGGUCCUGUGCCUGA